AAUUCUACAUUGUGUUAAUUCUACAUUGUGUUAAUUCUACAUUGGGCAUCAUCCUCUUUUCUUCAUCUUCUCCUCCAUCUUUAUCCCAGUCACCAUGACAACGGUCCGUCUCUCGCCGCUCCACCUCGCGCGCGCGUGCACAGACACCGCGGCCUCUCAGUCGCAGCAGAAUGGAGCGCGAGCGUGACGCCACGGAUGCGCGAGCCGGGCGCAGACCAAUUGCGUGUGAGCAGCUGGACGCCGCUGUCCGUGAAACCGCCAACCUUCCGAGCGGAGCGGCGAGGAUGAAGACUGAGCAGCGAACCGGAGAGAAACCGGAGCGGAGCGAGUUCCUGUGAGAGCAGCUCUCUCUCCUCAAGCUGCUGAACGGCGCGGCAUGCGAGGCGCUGUACUGCACGAGACCAUCUUCAUCAUCUUCCUCAUCUUCAUCAUCAUCUUCACCCUUCUUCACCUGGGGGCAGAGGGAUGGAGGCGCGAGCGGACUCCUGGUGAUUCAUCCUCAUGCCGCAGCUAUGAGUAACACGCACCCCAACACCUCGACUUUAAUCCCGGAUGUGCAGGAGGUGAGGAACGUGAGCGUGGAGCUGCUGUCCCUAAACCCCUGGGACGUGGUGCUGUGCGUGACGGGUACGCUGGUGUGCUGUGAGAACGCCUUGGUGCUCGCGUUGAUCGCCCACACUCCCUCUCUGCGAGCGCCGACGUUUGCGCUCGUGGCCAGCUUGGCGUCUGCCGAUCUGCUGGCCGGUCUGAGCUUGAUCCUGAACUUCAUCGUCAUCUACAUGAUGGACUCCGACUUCGUGACGCUGCUGUCAGCCGGGCUGCUCAUCACUGCCUUCUCAGCCUCGGUGCUGAAUGUGCUGGCCAUCACGGUGGACCGCUACCUGUCGCUGUACAGCGCUCUCACGUACCACACAGAGCGCGCCGUCACCUUCACCUACGUGGUGAUGAUGCUCGUGUGGUCUACCAGUGCUGCACUCGGUUCGCUGCCCGUGCUCGGCUGGAACUGCCUGCGUGACGAAGCGACAUGCAGCAUCUGUCGGCCGGUGCACAAGAGCAACGCGGCCGCGCUCGCCGUCUCCUUCCUCCUCGUCUUCGCCCUCAUUCUGCAGCUAUACCUCCAGAUCUGCAAGAUUGCCGUGCGUCACGCGCAGCAGAUUGCUGUGCAGCGCCACUUCAGGGCCGCCUCGCACGCCGCUUCCGCAGCCAAAGGCGUCUCCACGCUGUCGGGCAUUUUGGGCACGUUUGCGCUCUGCUGGGUUCCUCUUGCCAUGUACUCACUGGUGGCAGAUACGUAUUAUCCAGCAACUUACACGUACGCCACUGCUCUUCCAGCGAUCUGCAGCUCCAUCAUAAACCCCAUCAUCUACGCCUUCAGAAACCCGGACAUCCAGAGGUCACUGAGGCUCACAUGCUGUGGAUGUAUGCCCUAUGGCUUUACAAUGCGACCACGGACACCUAGUGAUGUGUAACAAUUUUCUAAAUGCAAAAGCUACGGCAGUAAUAUUAAACGAACACUCCAGCAGUUUUCAACCCAUAUUUAUAUCCAUAGCUUCUGGAGCGUGUGUGAUUACCAGAAACAAGGAUUUUAACAGGUUCCCUGAGAAAAGAAUCGAAAACCUGAAACUCACUUACGAUGGAAGCCCUAGGGCAGUUGCUGGUGCAGACAGUAAAUAUUUCUGUAUUUUGGUAGAAUUCUUCAGCCGAAGCUCUAACGUGACCUUUCAGAGAUGAGACGAUGUUUCAGAGGGAAGAAUUAGUGCUUGCAUGGGUCUGAUCAUGUCUGAUCACAGAUAUGACAGAUUCUUGUGUAAAGUGUAAAUAGCUGCUUUUUACUGUAUUGUUCCUCAUAUAUGACUUCUGCUUUAAUUGAAGAAGUUCAGGAAAUAUGCAUAGACUCCCAUUCUAAGUGAAUUUGGUGUACAGAUGUUCUCCUCUUUCCUCAGUACAGGUUAAGUUCUUGUCGGUGGUAAUCACACAUUCAGUACAGAACAGCUGAUAGACGUGAGGUUAAAAACUGCUGAGGUAUGAUUUAACAUGCACAGAGGGUCCAUGUAUUGUAAUGUUCAUGCGUAUGGAAGUUGUGUGUUGUCUGUGAAAUCACGGUGUGCUAGUACACAUACUAGGUGUGUUUAAUGUCUUUGGUCAAAGCUUCAGUUUAAAUAUGAAAGAAAUAGUGUUGAUUCCUGUUUAAUUAACACUUGUAUAAGCACCAAACUCAAAUGUAGCAUGAAUCUUUUGUGUCAGUCGCCUUUAAGCACUGUGAAAUGCCUACAGGCUUCCUAGACUAUCAACAGAACUGAUGGACAACAGAGCUCAUGAAUGUUCUUCGCAUCGCUGGCAAUAUAUUUAGAAAUUGGCUUAUUCACUUGAAACUCAGGUUGAGAGGCAGUCAUGAGCGUGAAAUGCUGCCAAUACUUGCUAGCACCUGCACGAUGAGUGCUUUAGGCAGUUAUAGAGCACAGUUUGAUCAUUUUUCUCCUGUACUACUUCUACUAAAUCUGAUCAUGAAAUAUCGACUUGAAUCAGAUGUGUUAGAGCCGAGAAAUCCCCAAACUGUGCUGAGCUCCGGCCUAGAGGUGGACGCGGUAGGCUUGUGUGAUACUGAUUUUUUCUCCGCUUGUGAUUUAUCAUUUACAAAAAUCAUGAUACAUUAUUUCAUUGUCAAGAACCAACAGCCCCCCAAAAUGAGACAGGAAAGUGACCAUUUCCACCAUUUCAGCGUAAGGAGAGUAGAGGAGGAAUAAUAUUACAGCUGUGCGGUCAGGAACUGCUUACCAGGCAGAGACAAUCACGAAAAAUCAAAAUUGAAAUAUAUUUACCUGAUAUUAUCUCUAUACGUGUGUAAUGUUCGCUAAGCAAAACACACACACAUAUUUCACAUUAAUGAACUCUAAACAUUCUCCGUUUACUGGGAGAGAAAGCGAAAGAGCGCCGCGAGUCCAGUCGAGAGCGUGUGAGAUGGAGGGAAAGGGGGCAGAGCUUCCGGUUAAUAGAGUUCAAAACACCCACGCAACUGUCAAUCAUUCCAGAUUCAUAUAUCUGUUGGAUCAUCUCGUGUUUUAUUGGGGAGAAAUAGACCGCUCUUCUGGAGUAUUAUUGAGUGAGAACUCGUACUAACGUACUCCGAUGUUAAACUUCAGGGCUUGGAAGUUAAAUAUCACACAAGCCUAGUGCACAGAACUGCUUUUUUUAUUCCACUGCCGCUUGAUCCCGCAGUUCUGCGGUUGUUUUGGAUGCACGCCUCUAAUCCGGCCCUGCAGGAUGGCUGUUGUGCAGCGCAGCCUUAAGCCAGAGGUGCAAUAGAGCACCAUUCAUAAACAACUGAGACCAUGCAUUUACGUUCUAAUACUGAAGGACGUCACUGAAGCACAUCGUGUGCUACAAAGGCACUGUAAUGGGAAGCGUCUACACAGCAAAAAACCUACAGUGUUUAUAUACACAUGUAUAACGAAGUUAAUUCUGAGCUUUUUUGCUGUGUACGAUAAAAAUGUGUUCCUGUAUGAUAUCAUUAUUGCAGUUAGGCAGUGUGUUCACAUAGGUGCAACUUGGUAGUGUAGUUACUGCAUCUAUUGUCAGUAUUCUCAAGCUAUAUCUAUUUUUAGCAUUUCUGAUGGAAAAUUGCCAUAGACAAUAAUCAUAGUAGUUACAGGGGUAGGGGCGUAGACAUAUGUAAAUACUGAAAUGUGUUUUAUGCGUUUGUAAUAAAGUUCUGUCAUGGCAACAACUAACAUUCAUGUUAACACCAGCUAACGUUAGCUAAUAAAGUCAUCCAGCGUCAUGAUUUAUCUGUUUAUAGUUACAUUUAAUCGAAAUUAGUUCCUGUUGUCACUUACGUUAUAGCAGCUAUAAACAGGCGUUUCCUCACCAGCCUCUCUUUAUUCUCUCUCUUGAAGACAAAAAUCGCAGCUUGUCACGUUACCGAGAAACAACAAAACGUAAACUCCUCUGUCCUGAAGACUUUCCCGUGUCAGAAAACCUACUGCUACAGAUACAGCUGUAGAUAUUAAACUGGAUUUUACAGAAAUACGGAUUUAUAUGGAGCUGUGCACGUCCCUGUGAAUGAGCUGUUACUAUAGAAACGAUAACGUAUUAGAAGGAGCGCAUUAAUAUAAACCUGUGAUUGAUGUUCCUAUUGUUUGAGCUGCUGUUACAGAAAAGUAAUCCACACCUUCUGAUUCAAGAAGUAAACAGCGUUAUGGUAUAAAUCGUUGCAUCACCCAGCCCUAAUGCUGUUCAUCCAUAUUACGAAAGUUAGACAGCAAGAGUAGAUGUACCGUGUUUAGCAAUUUCCUCCAUAACCUCUAGCUAACUUUGAUAAACUUGUCUUAUGACCACAGAUUAAAGUUUUCUGUCAAAAUCAACUGAGUUACACCAUGAUGUCAGCUUGGAGAGAAGUAGAAAUCUCAGAUUCAUUUCUGCCUUACCCGUGUUCUCAGUGGCAAUAAUGUACCGUACUGUGUCUAUUAAUAACAAAAAUGCAUAAUGAAGUAAUAAUAUUCUUUUGUAAACCUAUUAGAGGCAAAUAAACCUGCUCUAUGCUUGUCAUCACGUUUGUGAUAAGUAGCUUGCUAGCCUGUAAGGUGUCCCUGAGCACUUACAGAUCUAUGAUAGUAUCUCAAUACUGUGCACUGAAAAUUAAUCUCGUGGUGUAUGCUUGAGGUUGUAUGUUUGUAGAUCAGCCAAAGAGCUAAUUGUAAAAACUUGUAAAAAAAAAAAAAAAAAAACAAUGUCCAUUAUCGAAAAGUGUAUUGUACAAACCGCACUAUUCCAAAUAUUCUUGCUGAUCGAAGAUGUCAGUAUAUUUGAAUGUACGGUGCCAAGACUUUUCCGUUGAGUGACUGAUUGUAUGCUUUGAUUUUGUAAAGACGCAUUCGCACUUAUGUUUACAGUCAAAUUAAAAGUUGUGGUUAAUAAUUGAACUAUUUUUGUAUAGUAUAAUGUUUUGCAUUAAUUAUAAGUAGCUACUUGGGUGUUACAUCUGAUGUUUCCUUGAUCCAUGAUCCAUAUUUGAGUGAUUUGCAUUAACAAAAUGGUUUUUUUUUUUUUAAUGUAAGUGCUUGAGUGUUUCUAUAAACAUCACUUCAUUGCUCCA